CUCAAGUUCUACAGCUGCAGGCUUGGAUUCAGUGAGAGCUGAGUAACAAAUCACUUUCAGGAGGAACCGUGAACAAAGAGUCCUCAAGCUUUCGGACGCAGCCGCAGAGAGUCUUCUGAGGAGAGAAAUUCAUGUUCAGUGUAGCUCAUCCCACAACAGUCACGCUAUUCACCAAUAAAUGCUGGAAUAUUCCCAUCAGUUUACAAGUGAAAAGGAACAUCAAAUCGUCAAGAAGACCGAGUUCAUUAAAGAAGACCGAGAGAAGAUGAGAGAUUCAGAACCCUGCAGAAUCAAACACACUGAAGAUACUGGAGAACAAACAGAGUUAAAAGAAGAAAAUGUGGAGGAUGAAGAAUUGAAUGAAGUUGAAGAGAGAAAUCAUGUCAAAAGUAGAGAAGGACCUUUGAGUGGCUCUCAAACUAAACAGAAAAGUUUAAAGAAAAGAGCAAAGAAAUCUUUCACCUGCACUCAGUGUGGAAAGAGUCUGACAAACAAAACAAGUCUUGAGCGUCAUAUGAGAGUUCAUACUGGAGAGAAACCGUACACUUGUGAUCAGUGUGGGAAGAAUUUCACACAAUUAUCACACCUCAAAGUUCACAUGAACAUCCACACUGGAGAAAAACUGCACACAUGUGAUCAAUGCAGCAAAACAUUUUUUAGAGUUUCAAACCUGAAGGAACACCUGAGAGUUCAUACAAAGAACAGGCCACAUUCAUGUCAUUUGUGUGGAAAGAGUUUCUCAUUUCUACAAAAUUUGAAAAUACACCAGAAAAUACAUACUGGUGUGAGAGAGUACAUGUGCUUUGAGUGUGAAAAGACUUUUACUACAUCGGACGGUUUAAAACUGCAUGAAAGGAUCCACACCGGAGAGAAACCUUACAAGUGUUCACGCUGUGACAAGAGAUUCAUUCAUUCAGGACAUCUGAAAGCACAUGAGAGGAUCCACACUGGAGACAAACCGUACAAGUGUUCACACUGCAGCAAGGGAUUCAGUCAGUCAGCAACUCUGAAAGCACACGAAAGGAUCCACACUGGAGAGAAACCUUAUCAAUGCACUGCAUGUGGGAAGCGUUUCAUUCAAUCAUCUGGUCUACACAGACAUAGAAAAAAUAAUCACAGUAAAGGACAAUUUAUACUUCUGGGUCGAGCCUACACCGUAGGCUAUGUGUAGUAUGGCAUAGUCUGGUGUGCGCCUAACACCGCGUCAAGUCUACACGGACCGCAAGUGGUGUGAUUGGUUUGCUAGAACCCUGCUGCCUGAGUUUUGUGUAUUUUUAUGUGCACUUUAAUACAUUUUAAUAUAAAUAAUUUAAUAACAUUUUAUAUAAAUUAAAACAAAGCAAAGAACGAGUACCUUAUCAUGUAUUAUACUACAUAUACUAGCUGCAUUUCCAGACAGAGAGAGACUGAGUGGAUAAGAGAAUGACAGCUAGUGUGUGUAUUAUAAUUAUAAUUAAUAAAACUUACUUGUUCAUAACAAAAUUGUAA